UGAAUGUCGAGCAAACGUGGGGAUCACAAUGUCUGAUCUCCCUUUUUUGACCUACAGAAUCAUCCAAAGAAAGACAUCACCCUUUUUCUUCACUUCUGUCUUUCUCUCUCAAGGGAUUCUUCACGUUUUUCCGCACGCAAACCCCACUCGCUUUCCUUCGACCGACCUAUCGCGAGCCACCACCAUCGAAAGGUGUUCAGUUCUCAGCGCGCCGUGACGCGAGCAACCACCGUAUCUCACCGUUUCCCUUUUCGAGCAUUCUGUCCUCUCUGGUCGAUACGAUCAAUGAAAUUUGUCGCGAAUCCGUGAAAUCGAUCUACGGAUGAUCGGUGUACUGAUUUACUAUUUAGAAACAAAUAGAGAGGAUUUUUAUCGACGAUAAAAGAUACAAGUGAAAGAUCGAUCAAUCGUAAAAAACGUGAUUAUUGUUUUGAUUUUGUGUUUUUUUUUUUCGCUUUACGUUACGUUAUGGAUUCAAGAACAAUUAGGAUCGAAAUGUGGAAUCGUAAAAUAGAGUGUUAGAAUAGAAUGAAGAUUUAUUUUUCGAUAAGAUCGAGGAUUUAAUUUUGGUAAGAGGUUUUCGAUACGUGCCCCUGUACGUUGACAAACGGAUUCAACCUUGACGCGUUCCUCUGCGAAUUGAUUCUCCAUUGAGACACAGCUGGUGGAGAGGGUGGAGAGACUAACCCGUGGCGACAAUUCGCAAAGGGGAAAAGAAGUGGGAAAGGAGAGUGAGGAGCGAGGAGAAAGAUGGUUUCCUCGGCGAUCUUCGGUGCGGCAGCUGGUACCGGUUUGGCCUUGGUCGUCGCGAUGACCAUAGUGGUGUAUCGUUAUUAUGCUGUGAAACGGAAAGGGAAAUACUGGAGCAGCCUGGAUCGUUGGCCUGACCCACCUGGCACGAAGAAGGGGGAGGGACGACAGGAACAAUGCUCGGAGCAUUGUCACGACUCUUCCUCCUCUCAUGUGCUCAAUUGUUGGCGGAAGCAACAGAAGAAUUAUUACGCGGUCCAGUCCAGGGAAUUUAACGUCGCCAAGGAGCAGCACGCGGUGCAGCCAUGUUCCUCCGUGGUCGUCGAAUCAGGAAGUUUGCCGCAUCAAAGUCGAAGCUAUCCAGGUGGUACCAGUGGAUCUGGAAGCACAGGACGAUUGUUCACAAGGAAUUCAUCGGUAAGCUCGCAGAGCUCGUUAGAAGGACCAUCUGGACCAUCUGGACCAUCUGGAUCAUCUGGACCAUCUGGACCAUCUUCCAGCCACCGUAGUACCACUACGACGCAGAUUCGAUCGUUUGGACCUGAUGGACGAUAUCAUCAUCGUCCCGAUCCCUUGCAUGCUGCUUCGUCUUAUCCACCGAGCAGAAGUUCGAGAUCGCCAUCACCUGGUCGUACUGCAUCGCUAGAUGCACGCUGUGGGAGUCCAGCCAGUUGUUCCGGAAGUCUUGUGAGCAGUAAUGCAUCACCAUCUCAGAGCUCUCUGUCGUCUUUGGCAACAGGUGUGAGCUCUUCUUGUGGUGGUUCCUCGAUAAACGUUGCCCACGGAGCUUCCAGAUCAGCUGGCCGAAGUCUUUCACCCCUUCUUAUUCCACCAUCACGCAUUGCCGGAAGUGACGGUGGACCACCUCCUCCAGCUUCACCAUUGGGUUCUAUACAACCUGACCUCUACCAACGAAGAGAUGGCCCUAUUUAUCUCAAAGCUCGAGGAAAUGGAAAGAGUUUAGGCCGGCUGCAUUUGCGAUUCAAAUACGACUUCGAUCGAUCGGAUUUGCAUGUACACCUGAUCGAGGCGCACGAUCUGGCUGGAAGUGAUCAAGGAGGAUUCAACGAUCCUUACGUGAAACUGAUGCUCAAUCCUGAAGUGGAUUCGAGGAAACGACAAACACAGAUAUACCGUAACGAGUCGAAUCCGUUCUUCGAUCAACAAUUCAAAUUCCCUGUCAGUAACGACGAACUUCAGGACAGGACUUUAGUUUUACAGGUGCUCGAUUACGAUCGUUUCUCUAGAAACGAUAUAGUGGGAUCUGUAAAGAUACCACUACAUAUUUUACGAUUGGAUUCACCUACCUCUACCGAAGAAGUUUGGGGAGAGAUUGAACGCGAACGAAAGCCACCUGAACAAAUUCAAGAAGUUCUAUUAUCCCUUUCUUAUCUUCCAAGCGCCGAACGAUUAACAGUUCAAAUUUUGAAAGCGAGAAAUUUAUUUCCACCGCAGGACAAAGAAACCUUAGAUUCAUUCGUGAAAGUAAAUCUUCUUUGCGGCGAAAAAAGUAAAAAAAAGAAAACCGCUGUAAGAAAAGCUACGACAAGCCCUGUUUGGAACGAGGCGAUGUCUUUUAAUGUUCCUGCCAACUAUCUCGCAUCAUCAGCUAUCGAGGUAUGUGUGAUGGAUUCAAGCAAUGAGUUUAUCGGCGGAAACGUGAUUGUUGGUUCCUGUAUCGUUGGUCCUGCCACAGGAGUCAUUCGUGGAGUGGAAGGAAGUGGAAGUCAAGGAAGAGAACAUUGGCUUCACAUGACUCAAUCGCCAAGGAAAACCAUCGAUAUGUGGCAUACAUUGCAUUAAAAAGAAAAAGAAAAAAAAUUAUCAAUCGAUGUUUUAUUCGUCAUGUAUUGUUUUCAGAAACGAAACGUGAUCAUUUUGUCAUUUUGAAAAUAUGAAUACAUUUCUUUUUUUUCUUUUUCUUUCUUUUUCAUUUUGUUGUUGUUUUGUCGGAUUAUAGAAGAAGGAUACAAUCAGACAACAAUAUAAAUAAUCGGUAUAUGGUAUAUAUGAACAACAGUAAUGUUACAUAUAUGAAAUCGUUUUUAUGGAUAUAUUCAAAAUCACUAACAAAUAAAAAAAUCGCAAAAAAGCAUUGUCGCUAUCUAUUCCAGCGAUUUAUAAGAAUCCCUGAAUCCUCGUGAACUGUUAAUAUUUUGUUAUUACCAAAUUUUCUCUAAAUUUUUCAAAUCGUCAAUUGAUUGAUCUAGGCAAAAAGAUAUUAUAACAGAAUAUUUCAUUUAUUUAUUUAAAAGUGUUGCACUAAGUGAAAAAAUAUUUUAAAGUGAAAGAGAAUUUGCCUACGAAGAAGGAGACAAUCGUUUCAUGUAUACACUAUAUACGUAUAUACACUAUAUACACAUACAUGUUGUAUUUAUAUAAAUCAUUUAUUUCUACUGGCGGCUAAAUGUACCUAAAUAUCAGAAAGAUAAUUAUUCUAUUCGCGAUGAUGAAUAUACAUGAUAGUAAAUAAUUAUAUUUCAAACAAUAAAAACUUUUCGUUACAGAAUAUAUCAUGAAAUUAUUUCUUUGAAAUAAUUAAAAUCAUUUCUUUGAAAUAAUUUCAAGAUAAGACAAAUGAUACUAAUUUAAACUAUAAAAAUAUUACUGAUAGAAAAAAGAAAAUAUGAAAAAAAGAUAAAUAAUAUGAGUAAUGAUGUUUUAAUAUGUGAUUUUUAUUAAAGUCUGAAAUCACUGCAGAAAUGAGAUAUAUAUAUGUACUUCCUAGGCCUAAAUUUGUACUAUGCAACAAAACUGACCUCAGAGAAGUACAAGGCAUGCAUCAUGCAUAUUAUAUAGUUUACAUAAACAAAUUAAAAGCCUAAUGAAAACGAUUCUCCUUCGAUAAAUACAUAUAGUCGCGUUAUUGUUAUUAAUGUCGUAAUUAUUUAUGAAUAUAUAAGCAGCAACAAAAAAUGCAAAAAGAAAAUUACGUGAUAUCAUAUAAUGUUUAUUCAAAUAUGGAUAUAAAUGCAUAAACAUUUGCAAAUAAUAAAACGUAUUAUACAGAUAUACCAUAUCUGAUAUCUUUCAAUAUACCAUUGAAUAAUAGAAUAUACAAUUCUUGAUUUAUUAAAUUCUUUUUUCACAUUUUUGCUAGGGCAUAGAACGCCAUUGAAGAAUAGAAAGAAGAAUAAUAUAUAAUAAUAAAAUAGGAAGAAAUCAAAUUCUGUGUAAAUUAAAAUAACAAAGUCUGAUUUAUAUGAAUGAGAAAGAAGAAACAAAAAUCAAAUGAAAAUGUGAACAUUUCCGACCAAAGUUUAUCAUAUCAUAUAUACUGAUAAUUUUGAAAAUUCCAGAGCUUAGAUCUAUUUAAUGUUAAUUU